AUGUCAGAACCAUCGGAACCGAUACUUAUAGAUCCGCAAGAUGAGCCGAUCAUUGAUACCUUCGAUCUUGUCUUCCUUCUUUCUGCUGGUGUCAUUGCUGUUUUAUAUCUUUUCCGGGACACUUUAUUUGGCCCUAAAAAGUCUCCUGUCAUAAAUCAACCAGUCCCACAACCUAGAAUUGCGCCAAAGAAGGACAAAGAUUUUAUCAAAAAGAUGAGAAAUACAGAUAAAAACGUUGUUCUUUUUUACGGAUCACAAACCGGUACAGCUGAAGAUUAUGCUUCUCGUCUCGCAAAAGAAGGUCUACAACGUUUUGGUUUAAAGACUAUGACUGUCGACGUUGAAGAUUGUGACAUGACUCUUCUUGAUAAGUUUCCAGAUAAUUGUUUGGCGUUCUUUUUGAUGGCAACUUACGGUGAAGGUGAACCUACUGAUGAUGCAGUCGAAUUCUGGGAAUUGAUAAACUCGGAUAAUCCAGAAUUUUCCGAAGGCAUAUCAAUAGAAGAAAAACCAUUGUCAAACCUUCGAUACGUCGUGUUUGCUUUGGGUAACAAAACAUAUGAGCAUUUCAAUGCUGUUGGAAGACUUGUUGAUGCCAAAUUAACAGAGUUUGGUGCUACAAGAAUUGGUGAGCGUGGUGAAGGUGAUGACGAUGGCAGUUUAGAAGAAGAUUUCCUUGGUUGGAAGGAAGAUAUGUGGAAGGCAGUCUGUGAUGCCAUGAGUAUUGAUCCUAAUGAUGCACAAAAUGGAGCUCAUGUUGCCGCCUACAAGAUUACUGAAUUGGGAGAUUACGAUAACGAUAAUGUAUUCUAUGGUGAACUUAGCGAAAAUGCCCUGAAAGUUGGAACGCGUGUCACCUAUGACGCAAAGAAUCCUUAUCCAUCACCAAUAACAGCUUCUCGAGAAUUGUUCAAUGCAACAGACCGUAAUUGCGUGCAUAUGGAAUUAGACAUUACUGGAUCAGGUCUUUAUUACCAAUCAGGCGAUCAUGUUGCAAUCUGGCCUAUGAAUCCAGAACAAGAAGUUUAUCGCUUACUUAAAGUAUUGGGACUUUGGGAGAAAAAAGACACUGUUGUCACAGUCGAAAGCACAGAUCCAUCGGCAUCUAAAAAGUACCCAUUCCCAGUCCCUACUACGUAUGCCACGAUCUUUCGUAAUUAUCUUGACAUUCAUGCACCGGCCUCCCGUCAAUUUAUUGCCACUUUGGCGAAUUAUGCACCUACCGAAGAAGGCAAAUCUAAACUCACUACUUUAGGGCAAGAUAAAGAAGCUUACCGAAUUGAAGUUGCCGAUGCCCACUUAAAUCUUGGAGAAGUUCUAGAACUGAUAUCUUCGCAUGGCAAGCCAUUGGAUUGCAUACCAUUAGAUUUGAUAAUAGAAACCUUACCAAGAUUGCAAUGCAGAUAUUAUUCAAUUUCCAGCACAUCUAAAGUCACACCAACAUCUAUUCAUAUUACUGCAUCAGUUUUACGAUAUCAACCUUUAACUACACCUGAAAAAACGGUUUACGGUCUAGCAACAAAUUACAUCCAACAAGUUCAUCGCAAACUCAGUAAUAUUGCACACCCAGAUACGUCACCAUACUACUUGUACUCUGGUCCUAGAGACAAGUACUAUGAUGAAAGUACCAACAUGGUUAAAUUUGCCAUACAUGUUCGAAAUACGAAUUUCAAAUUACCCAAGAACCUCAAAAUUCCAGUUGUAAUGGUAGGUCCUGGUACUGGUGUGGCACCUUUUCGAGGGUUCGUUAUCGAAAGAGCCAAGUACAAGUCCGAAGGAGAUGAAAUUGGUGAUACGGUUUUGUUUUAUGGGUGUCGAAGACGUAACGAAGACUUUUUAUAUGCUAAUGAGUUUGAAGAAUUAUUCACUACUCUUGCACCCUGGUGA